AUGAAGGCUCAUCCAUUGGCUAAAAUAGCAUAAUUGCCUGAGAAAAUGAGAUUAAAAUAUUUCACAGAGGAUCAGUAGAUUUGUAAAGCUCAGAUUAAUCUAACGCAGAAAAAAAAUCUAUUGAUUUCAAUAUUAAAUCAAACUAACCUAAUAUCAAAGCAUAAGGUCUCAGAUUAAAGUUUGUCAGUAAAAGGGAAACCAAAAAAUAACACUAGAAAGAGAGGUAGUUCAACAGUAAUGGAAAAUACUAAAUUUACUUAGUUUGAUAAAAAGAUUAAUAUGACAACAAUGAAAGCAAUAUAAAGCUAAAUGAAAAAAGAGAGAUGGUUUGGAAUGGUAGAAAGUGAUUUUAAAAAUAAAACCCACAAUGAUAAUAAUUCUCUAAUAAUUGAUGAUUAUAACUCUAAUUACCAAUAGUCAUAAUACUUGAAUCAAACUAUCUCUAGAAAUACUCCUUCAAUAAUGCAUUAUAGAUUGUAAAACUAAAGAUUUAGCACUCUAAACCCAAGUUCAAGAGCAACAAAUAGAACAUUAGGAAACAUUAAUAAUUCAGUAUAAAAGAAACUGAAUGAAAUGAAUGAGGGAGAUGAUUAAUUCACCAAGUAUAUGAAUUAUAGCACCUAUAGGCAAAUCAAAACAAGCACUCCUGGACAAAGGAAGAAAUUCUAGGACAUCAAAGAAAGUGUAAGCAAAUUAGGAUAGUAUGAUGUUGAUACUUCAUCUUAAUACAUUGGCUUUAAAUCUUCCCCUGAUGUAAAAUUAGAAUCAAACGAUAGAAUGUCAAGACUACAUAGUACCAAAACAUAGAUUUUAAGUCAAGCAAGAAAUGAGAAACCUUUAAACAUUAGACUAAAAUAACUUAAAUCUAUAGCAUAGUGCAGAGAUAACUUUAAAGAUCAGAAAUAAAAACUCAAAGAUCAAGAGGAACUGUUUCUAACUGAUUCUAAAUUUUAUAUGAGAAAAUGUGAUCAUAGAAAUUUAUUGCCCUCCUGCAAAUAUUGCAUCACAAGUCGAUUAAAAGAGGACUAUGGCUAUCAGACUUAAUAUUUAUGA